UUCCUCCUCCCUCUCCCGCCCUUUCGGUCACUGUCCGUACUCCGACAUAGGAGACUCAUCAUGGCAGCACCUGCGAAUACCGGCCCUCAGGAGCCUCUCUAUUCGCACAACGGGCAAGACCAGAGUCAGAAGUCUCCAUCGCCCCAGUCCCAGUCCUUGUCCCUGUCCCAGGCCCAGUCUCAGCAUCGUCGUGGAUACCAGGCCUGCGACCCGUGCCGAAAGCGCAAGGUGAAGUGCGACCUUGGCAGCGUGGAUAAUCCCCGUCCUCCUCCGUGUGUGCGAUGUCGCCGCGAAAGCAAACGUUGCGAGUUCUCCGCGACGAGGCGCAAGCGCAAGCCCUCGGACGCAGACGAGACGGAGGAUGCCCUUCGUCGCGAUAAGCGGAUGAUGGUCGGAGAGGUCAUCUCCAGCCACGGCUCAAACAACAGCGAUGGUUCGCCGUAUAUACCCUCACUGGAGCAUGCGUCCUCUUCGGUUGCUACUGCUGCUGCUGCCACUACUGCUGCUGCGGCACGUACGGCGCUAGACAACAACAAUCACACCCCCGGCCAUCCGCGACUCAAGUGGUCGGAAAGCUCACCUACGGCUGGUCAAUUACCACCACCAUCGGUCGGCAGCCACCAUCAGCGUUACACUACUACCACCCCCACCACUUCCACCACCAAUCCGACCUCCACCUCCACCAAUAAACCCCAGUCCACGCCCGCAGCAGCGCUUUUUGCGGAUGCGCGGAGUAACCGUCUGUCGGUCUUCUCGGCCGCGGAGAGGAGCCAUGCGCCCAGUUUUAGCCUCGAGGGCGGCCAGCCCAUGAUGAACCGCACCGCCGUCGAGCUGCUGUCGCCGGCCAUCAGCAACAGUCACGACGCCCUGCACCUCCUGUCCGAAGCCGCUGGGCGCACCGAAGACCUCAAUCGCCAGAGUCUGGAGAAUCGAUACGGAGCGCGCCAGUCGGUUUCCUCGUUUAACUCCCCCAUGUCUCCGCUCACCCAGGCGGGCACUCCGCGCAGUGCGGGCGGAUCGUUUUCGAGACCCCAGCGGUCCGGCACCGUCCCCGUUGGGGGUGGUUAUUACCAGGCUGGUGGCGCCGGGGCGAUGGAAGGUGCGCAGCAUCCGGAUGGGCGUGGGCAGGCGGACGCGACGGAGAAUGCGCCGGACCCCGGGUUCGUAGAUGCGGUCCGGGCAUGGUCGCGAUUGCGCUUCGUUCGGGCCGGCUGGCUGUCGGUGGAAGAGGCUAUGGCCUACGUCGCAUACUACUACGAACACCUUGCUCCCUUGAGUCCGAUCGUGAUCCCGGACUUCUCGCACCCGUCGACGCAUCGGAGUCUGCUUACGGAUGAGCCGGUUCUGGCGGUGGCGAUCUUGACGACCGCGUCGCGACAUAUGAAGCCGAAAGGCGACGGGGCUUAUACACGGGCGUUCUACAUCCACGAUCGGCUUUGGUCGUAUCUCCGCGGUAUGAUCGAGCGUCUCUUCUGGGGCCAGGAGAAAUUUGACAAUAACGGCAUGGGGAUCAGCCGGCCGAGGUCGUUCGACCUUGCGCCUACUUCUGCCAAGGGGAACCACAAGGGGAAUCUGCGGUCGCUCGGUACCAUCGAAGCGCUGCUGAUCCUGACCGACUGGCAUCCUCGAAAUCUCCAUUUCCCCCCGGGUGACGACGAGAACGCUCUCCUGGAUCUGGAUGCUCACACGCAGAGUCGAUACGAGCGCGAGCUGGAAACGGAUACGGAGAACACGGCGAAUCGUGCCCCCAACAACGCUGCGGAGGGUCGGCUCGCCUUCCAGAAAUGGCUCGAACCCGCCUGGCGGUCGGAUCGCAUGGCUUGGAUGCUGCUGAGUACCGCGCAGGCGCUGGCCUUCGAGCUUGGAGUCUUCGAUCAGAAGAACGACGCCAAAGCUGCCGUCGAACCUUUAUCCGAGCAGACCCGCAAACGCCGACUCCGCCGUCUGAUCCUCGUCUACAUCACGCAGAGCAGUGGCCGCUUGGGAAUCCCGUCUAUGCUACCCCUUCCGCAGUGGACCAGUGACAUUCAACCGACUCCCGUGACGGGCGCGAAGGGCAGUGAUACCAUCGUCGAUCGCAUGCAUGACUGCUGGAUCGGCAUCUCCAAGAUCAUGUAUCAGAGCAAUCAGCUGCUUUUCGCGUCGAACGAGCAGACCUCGGAGCUUAUCCGGAGUGGACGGUACCGGGAUCAGAUCGAUCGGUUCCAGCCUUUCUUGAGGGAAUGGCGACAUAACAUCGAUACCAUUGAUUUGGCGCCCCCUAUGAGGAACAUCCUGAUGAUUGAAUAUGAGUAUACCCGGCUCUACGUCAACUCCCUGGCGCUCCAGGCGGUGGUGGAUCGGUGGACGACGAUGACGAACGAAGCGGCCCAGAGCCAGAUGUCACGACCGACUGCGGGCCCGUCGGCGAGCGGUGUUGGGUUUCACGUGCUCAUGGAGCUGUAUCGGGUCAACGAGCCCUACAUUCAAGAGGUGGUCGAUGCAUCGCGCAAGAUUUUGCAGACGGUGCUGGAGGUGCUUGUCCCCGGGGACCAUCUCAAGCACGCCCCGGUGCGGACGUGUUUCCGCAUUCUGUCGGGGAUGAUCUUCAUUCUCAAGACCUUCACUCUGGGUGCCAAGGAGGAUGAUGUGCGUGUGUCCCUGGACCUCCAGGACCGCACCAUCGAGGCGCUGCGGACGUGCGUGGUGGACGACGUGCACCUCAACCAUGCCAUUGCGCGACUGCUAGAGUUGCUGACGACCAGUAUCCGCACACGCUUCCUCCGGUUCGCGCCGCUGGACCGCGGUGGGGACGGGGAGCAGGAGCGGCCGUCGGCGCCGGUGUCACGACACCAGUCGCCGCGGCCGCGCGACGGAGCCCCGGGCCGUCGCGAGGGGUCCAGUCACACCUGGACGCCGGCGCAGCAGACCACGCCGGCGCAGAACCUGGGGUAUGUCGACGGGACGAGCCAGACGGGGACCAGCAUGAGUUCCUCGGUGCAUGACCCCCUGGCGGCGAUUCCGGCGCAGUCGAUCAACUCCUCGCACAUCAACGUCUCGUUCAUGCCCCCUCCGCCGUCCAUGUACCACAACUACUACGACCCCAGCGCGACCCCGCCUGCAGGGGAGAUGGAAGGGGGAGUAGCUGCUGCCUCGACGACGACCAACAACAACAAUCACAGCCACAACAACAACAACGUCACGGCGUCGCAGUCGAUGCCCGACAACAACCCCAGCACCUCCGGCGGACUCCCGGACUGGUUCGCGCUCCCGCUGGAUCAGUUCUUCAACAGCUCCACCGCGGUGGUGGACCAGGGGCUGGGCGGCACGGGACCGAUGGUGGGGGAAUUCGACAUGUUGGAGGUUUUGCUCAAUGAACAGUAUGACGGCGUUGGGGUUGGACCCGAGGGGGGUGAUGCUGCCGCGGCCGCGGCCGCGGCCGCCAACCUCCCCUCGCAGUUUUUGUCCUCGUGAGAUACGAAGUAUUUUUGGGGGGGAGUGUAAUUAUGAGAUAAGAUGCAGAGCCGAGGGGUAUGACUGUACGAAUUACGAUAUUAUAGUUUUUGUGUGUAUGUGUGUGUAUGUGUGUGUAUCUCGAUUAGCUAGUUAGCUAGGUCUGUCUGGG